UUCAUUGCGCGUCAAAUGUAGGCGCAAAGUAAUUUCUUGUUUGCAACUCAAAAGAAUAUUAUUAAAAUGGUAAAGUUCUCUCUAGACGAGAUUCGUGGCCUUAUGGAUCAGAGGCGUAAUAUACGCAACAUAUCGGUCAUCGCCCAUGUUGACCAUGGCAAAUCGACGCUGACUGAUUCCCUCGUUUCCAAGGCGGGCAUCAUAGCGAAUGCCAAGGCGGGCAAUAUGAGAUUCACGGAUACCCGAAAAGACGAGCAGGAUCGUUGCAUUACCAUCAAAUCAACAGCAAUCACAAUGUACUUUGAAGUUGAUAGCAAGGACUUGUGUUUCAUCACUCAACCAGAUCAGCGCGAAAAGAACACCAAAGGUUUUCUGAUCAAUCUCCUUGACUCCCCCGGUCAUGUGGAUUUCUCCUCAGAGGUGACGGCUGCUCUGCGAGUAACCGACGGAGCCAUCGUUGUUGUUGACUGCGUCUCCGGCGUAUGCGUCCAAACGGAGACGGUGCUACGACAGGCGAUUGCGGAACGCAUUAGACCCAUUUUAUUGUUGAAUAAAAUGGAUCGGGCGCUACUCGAACUGCAGCUGGAGAGCGAGGAGUUAUACCAAACAUUUCAGCGUAUUGUAGAGAAUGUAAAUCUCAUCAUUGCCACAUAUAAUGAUGAAAAUGGACCAAUGGGCGACAUCUCUGUGGAUGCCGCAAAAGGUUCAGUUGGCUUCGGUUCAGGCCUUCAUGGUUGGGCUUUUACUCUCAAACAGUUUGCCGAAUUAUAUGCGAAUAAAUUUAAAAUUGAUGUAGCAAAGUUGAUGACGAGACUUUGGGGCGACAAUUUCUUCAACACAAAGACACGAAAAUGGAAAAGUGCUAAGGAUUUGGAGAACAAGCGCUCCUUUUGCCUGUACAUCCUGGACCCCAUUUAUAAGGUGUUCAAUGCUAUCCUGAAUUUCAAAGCGACCGAGAUUCCCAUUUUGCUUAAAAAGAUUGGUGUAAGCCUUCAAGCAGAGGAACAAAAUUUUACCGGGAAGGAGCUGUUAAAGACAGUGAUGAGGAAAUGGUUGCCAGCGGGUGAAACGCUACUCCAAAUGAUUGCCAUACAUUUGCCAUCACCAGUGACGGCGCAAAAGUAUCGCAUGGAACUGCUUUAUGAGAAUGUAAAUCUCAUCAUUGCCACAUAUAAUGAUGAAAAUGGACCAAUGGGCGACAUCUCUGUGGAUGCCGCAAAAGGUUCAGUUGGCUUCGGUUCAGGCCUUCAUGGUUGGGCUUUUACUCUCAAACAGUUUGCCGAAUUAUAUGCGAAUAAAUUUAAAAUUGAUGUAGCAAAGUUGAUGACGAGACUUUGGGGCGACAAUUUCUUCAACACAAAGACACGAAAAUGGAAAAGUGCUAAGGAUUUGGAGAACAAGCGCUCCUUUUGCCUGUACAUCCUGGACCCCAUUUAUAAGGUGUUCAAUGCUAUCCUGAAUUUCAAAGCGACCGAGAUUCCCAUUUUGCUUAAAAAGAUUGGUGUAAGCCUUCAAGCAGAGGAACAAAAUUUUACCGGGAAGGAGCUGUUAAAGACAGUGAUGAGGAAAUGGUUGCCAGCGGGUGAAACGCUACUCCAAAUGAUUGCCAUACAUUUGCCAUCACCAGUGACGGCGCAAAAGUAUCGCAUGGAACUGCUUUAUGAGAAUGUAAAUCUCAUCAUUGCCACAUAUAAUGAUGAAAAUGGACCAAUGGGCGACAUCUCUGUGGAUGCCGCAAAAGGUUCAGUUGGCUUCGGUUCAGGCCUUCAUGGUUGGGCUUUUACUCUCAAACAGUUUGCCGAAUUAUAUGCGAAUAAAUUUAAAAUUGAUGUAGCAAAGUUGAUGACGAGACUUUGGGGCGACAAUUUCUUCAACACAAAGACACGAAAAUGGAAAAGUGCUAAGGAUUUGGAGAACAAGCGCUCCUUUUGCCUGUACAUCCUGGACCCCAUUUAUAAGGUGUUCAAUGCUAUCCUGAAUUUCAAAGCGACCGAGAUUCCCAUUUUGCUUAAAAAGAUUGGUGUAAGCCUUCAAGCAGAGGAACAAAAUUUUACCGGGAAGGAGCUGUUAAAGACAGUGAUGAGGAAAUGGUUGCCAGCGGGUGAAACGCUACUCCAAAUGAUUGCCAUACAUUUGCCAUCACCAGUGACGGCGCAAAAGUAUCGCAUGGAACUGCUUUAUGAGGGUCCCCAGAACGAUGAAGCAGCGAUUGCCAUAAAAAACUGUGAUGCCAAUGGUCCCCUAAUGAUGUACAUAUCGAAAAUGGUGCCGACAACUGAUGUGGGACGAUUUUAUGCCUUUGGUCGAGUAUUUGCGGGAAAGGUGAGCACGGGUCAAAAAUGCCGAAUUAUGGGACCCAACUAUGUGCCUGGUAAGAAGGAGGAUCUGUACGAAAAGGCGAUCCAACGAACAGUGCUGAUGAUGGGUCGCUCGGUAGAGGCCAUUGGGGAUGUGCCGGCUGGCAACAUUUGCGGUCUGGUUGGCGUCGAUCAAUUCCUGAUCAAGACGGGCACAAUCACAACCUUCAAGGAGGCACACAAUAUGAAGGUCAUGAAGUUCUCAGUGUCGCCGGUUGUGCGUGUUGCCGUUGAGCCCGUAAAUCCAGCGGAGAUGCCUCGACUUGUAAUUGGUCUCAAGCGGCUCGCCAAAUCUGAUCCAAUGGUGCAGUGCAUUAUUGAGGAAUCUGGGGAGCAUAUCAUUGCAGGUGCCGGUGAAUUGCAUUUGGAAAUUUGCAUUAAGGAUUUGCAAGAAGAUCAUGCAUGCAUUGCACUGAAAACAUCUGAUCCGCUGGUUUCUUAUCGAGAAACCGUUUCGCAGGAAUCAAAUCAAUUGUGUCUGUCCAAGUCUCGCAAUAAGCACAAUCGUUUAACCAUGAAAGCCCAGCCUAUGCCCGAAGGAUUACCCGAGGAUAUUGACAGUGGUAUCGUUACAUCUCGCGACGAUAUCAAGGAACGCGGACGAUUCUUAAACGAGAAGUACAAUUAUGACGUGACCGAGGCCCGUAAGAUCUGGUGCUUUGGCCCCGAUGAAACGGGUCCCAACAUCAUCGUGGACUGCACCAAGUCUGUGCAAUACCUUCACGAGAUUAAAGAUUCGCUGAUGGCCGGGUUCCAAUGGGCCACCAAAGAAGGCGUCUUGGCCGAGGAAAAUCUUCGUGGAGUUCGCUUUGACAUACACGAUGUGACCGUUCAUGCCGAUGCAGUUCAUCGCAGUGGUAGCCAGAUCAUUCCAGCCGCAAGACGUUGUCUCUAUGCCUCCACAAUCACCGCGAGUCCUCGCAUCUUGGAGCCCAUUUAUCUGUGUGAGAUACAAUGCCACAAUUCAGCCAUUGGAGGUAUUCAUCGUGUGAUCAGUCGACGACGUGGUCACGUCUUUGAAGAAACUCAAGUACCCGGCACACCCAUGUUUAUGGUAAAGUCUUAUCUGCCAGUCAACGAAUCAUUUGGUUUCACAGCCGAGCUACGAACGAAUACGCGUGGACAGGCAUUUCCUCAAAGCGUAUUUGAUCACUGGCAGCUGCUACCUGGCGAUCCUUGUGAUUUCAAGAGCAAACCGUAUCAGAUUGUGCAGGAGACGCGUUUGCGUAAAGCUCUCAAGCUAGGCAAUCCUGAACUUAUGCAAUAUUUGGACAAGUUGUAGUCGCAUUUUAAAGUUUAUCCAUGUUUACUUAUAUUUUUUAAGCUGCUGUCAUUCAUUGAAUAUGUUAGCAGUAGUUAUUUACCAACCUUUGUGCAAA